AUGCCCACUACGUCCCGUUCUCCCGGUUCCGUCAACAGUGCCCCCAGCAGCCUGCAGAGUGAUACACUAUCGGCCCCCACAGUGUCUCACAGAGGCUACAAGGAAGUCCCAUACAGAGCACCAGACGAUGAUCAUGUUAGCUUAAGCAUGAAACACAGGAAUCACCGGCAUGAGCCGCACGACACGUCCUCCCCGCCCAUGGCUGCCAUCGAAACGGAAGGUCGCAGGCGCAGAAACCAGCCAACGGGCUGCCGUCCCCGGGCGCGCAGUUUACGAAAAACCAACUCUUCGCCAACCGUGCAGCCCCGGUUUGAACAAGGUACCGUUGAAACCUUUGGCGAUGCACCUCAAAGCAAACCUUCAAGAGCAAGACGGUGGACAAUUUCCUCUAAAGCCGCCUCGACCCGCGGGCUCGCCACCCUUGUGCCGGCCAAUGACACAUCCCAGAGAGCAACUGCAGACAGUCGUUCCACCACCUAUGAGAACCACAGCCCAGCCAUGAUAACUCUGCGCCGGGCAACUACAGCCAGGCCUCAAAGACAAACGACAACGCUAACCUCAUUCCCGCCGCCUAAGUUCAGUCGAGACAGUAACGGACUGCUGACCUCGUUUCUUAAUACGAUCACGAGCUACAGCGACGCGCCUCUCUCCGCGCUUGGGGACCCGGGCAUGACGAAGCAGGUCGCACCGAAUUCACGAAGACCCUCGACUUCAAGCACAAAAGACGACGCCCGCCCUUCAACGAGCGCUCUCGCGCCACCUGUUCAUACCGAGGUGGUGGCGCUAGAACCACGCCUAUCAGUAUCCGGAUCGAAUCAGGCCGCGAGCUCAAUGCGCCGGUGCUCCACUCGCUACAUCUCGGAGAAUGUGGUAUAUGAGAUUAUCUGGGACGAGAAUCUGAGUUCGUCUGCCAGCUCAGAGGACGGAAACCCCAGCCCUGGUGGCCGAGGGUCCAGCCUGCAGAGUCGUGAACUUGGCGGAACAGACACACUGGAGAGACGACUAUCUAAUGCGCUUUCGCGCCCAGGGCGAGCCUCCACGGAUGAAAGCCGGAGUAGGAGGACAAGCUACGUGCCCGGCGUGGAGUUGUCCUUGCACAGCAUCUGGACUAACCCCAAGAUUGCCCGGCUAUUUCGGGAGCCAGCAUCCGAAAGGCUACCGCGUUCUAAGUCCUCGACAAAGACAAGCGACGUGUUCCCUUCAUUAUCAACGGAGGCAGGCUCCAGCCAGGUUCACACAACGUCAUUUCCCGACCGCGUUGAGUUCUUCCCUUCAUACAGGAGUCGAGCGAGCACAAACGGGAAUGGACCUGGGGGGGAUUUGACGUUUGGACCAGCGCCGGAUGAUUUGCAGGGAGAUAUCCAAGCGGAUCAGAAUGCCUUCAGUGAGGCCCAGGAAGACGUGCAGCUCGGGGCGGCUGGGAGCCGUUUUGGCAGUAUGAUCGGCGUCAGCUCGCAUGCGAAGCGAAGAAGGACCUCGGAUCAUCAUGAGCAACGGCAUAGAAGCGUGAAUAUUGGCGGCAGAAGAGCGAGUGAAGGUCGAAGGCUAGCCAAAGCGUCUGAUGACGAAACCCUUCCGCUGCUCGGUGGGACAGUGGACGAGGACGGAUGA